GGCGCGUUUGUUCUGCGGAAAGUUACGCACAGUUUAAUAGCUAGGGUUUACCUGGGUGUUGGCUUGAAGCCCGGGCACGGAUGCUUUAAGGUUUCGGUUUUCAUUUGUCGCUUCAACGAGAGUUUAGUAGGUAGCAGCACCGUGAAGUAAGAUUUUGAGUCUCGUUUGCGUGCCCAGGACUUUGAACUGGUGCUCCCAAAGCCGGAGACCGUUUAAGAGAACAGUGUUGUCGUGAUCCCAUUGUCUGCUGGAACACUGGAUGCCCGGAGUGCUGGCGUCAUGGUGAAGAAUGUUCCGGAAGGUCAAGAAGCGUCACAGCAGCAGCAGCUCCCAAAGCAGCGAGAUCAGCACCAAGAGUAAGUCUGUAGACUCCAGCCUGGGAGGCCUGUCCAGGUCUAGCACAGUUGCCAGCCUCGACACGGACUCCACCAAGAGCUCAGGUAACAGUGCAUCCGAGGCAUGUGCUGAGUUCAGAGUGAAAUAUGUGGGCUGCAUUGAGAAACUGCACUUCGAGAUGAGCAAAACUCUCCAGGAACCACUAGACUUGAUCAGCUAUAUCGAUGCAGCUCAGCAAGAUGGAAAGCUGCCGUUUGUGCCCGGGGAAGAGGAGAUGAUCCUGGGAGUGUCCAAGUACGGAGUCAAAGUGGCAUCCCUGGACCAGUGUGACGUGUUGCACCGGCACCCGCUCUACCUGGUCGUGCGCAUGCUGUGCUAUGACGACGGCCUAGGCGCCGGCAAAAACCUGCUGGCACUCAGCACCACCGACGUGAAGCAGCAGGAGUGCAGUAUCUGGGUGUACCAGUGCAGCAGCGCGGAGCAUGCCCAGGCCAUCUGUAAAGUUCUCUCAGCUUCCUUUGACUGUGCUCUGGCCUCUGAGAAAUCCUGAGGCUCUUUCUUCCUCAUCCCUCUUCCGGAAAGCCAGGCCUUCAAUGCAGAGCUCCAACAGUGGCAAAGCACUGUCCCUCAGGCUCUGGAAGCCCUGGCUAACGUUUACUGUGUCUAGAAGUCAAAAUGUUUCACUCUGGUCUGAAGCCUUGCUGCUCCUCUCCUCUUAAUAUUAAGAUCAAAGUGAAGUCAAACUGAUCCCAGGCCAGUGUGUAAGGGACUCCAUCAGGAGCAGUGUUUAGACCAGUCAGUAGUCUUAUAGGGCACCACUGCCCUUAGCACCAUCACCUUACAUCCGCAGGUCCGUGUCCAGUCUGUUAACCUUAUUUAAUACUAUUUAAUGUAAAUAUACAUGGAACUCAGUGCUGUGCUACCAUAGCCCAGGACCUUUAUGGCACCUGUGCAUCUUUUGGGAUUACUGCUCCCGGUGGUACAAUAAAUACAAUCAGUACGACGGAGUGUGAAGGUUUAAUCUGAAAUGCUGUAAAUUCCUCUUGCCCAGCACACUGUGUGCCUGACCCCCACCGCACCUUCCUCCUUGUUUCCCAACCUCCUGGUCCAGAUGGGAUCGGAUCAGCUAGCAUGGUACAACAGAAUUGAACUUUUCACUAAUGUGAUUUUAUUGAAAACUCGUUUAUGCCCUUGACUUUUUAAAACCCUUUUAACAUUGUCCUUGAUGAAACUGUGUGCUAUGAUUCAUUUUUGUGGUGUAGUUUGUUGAUGUCAAAGUGUGGAAAAAAAAAACAUUAAACCAUUAUACAACAUAAA